UUUUAUUGUCAACAAAAUGGUCCAGUACGGGAACUGGAAACACCAACUGUAAGGGAAGGAAGCAGAAUGAAUUGAUGAACAAAUGAAUGAUAUGAAGCAACAGAUUACUUAGAUCUGAGAAAUGGCUUACUAAAUUGUCGUAGCCAGAACCGCCAGGGAUAGAGAUACUCAGUCUUAACUUGCGAAGUAUGAUUGUCCAGCUGUCUUCUCUGCGAUGAGUUUGGUGCCAACAAAAGGGAGCUCAGGUGCCGAUGUUCGAGAACGAGGAAGAAGCAGGGUGUGCUGAUGCCUGGGUCCUGGAGACGAAGGAAACAGGGAGCUGCCAGCUUGGUCUGUGUCCGAAAGGUUCAGACGGAAGUGAGAGAAAUCCACAAGGAAGUAGUUCCUUAAUUCAGUAGUUGAUAAUCCAGAUACUCUGGAACAAAGUCGAAAAACUCAUCAAGGCUCUCAAAGCCUCAGGUAGAAACCACUAAGGCAAACAAUCUGGCAUUGAAGUGCUGGCAGCCUCCCUCUUAAGUACUCCUCUGACCAAUCAGCAGAUGGAUCACCUGUCAUCCAGCUCAGCUGAGAACUCCAGCACCAACUGGAACACUGAAUGGUUAGAUAGACAAGUACAUGAUACACACACAACACACCCACACAGACUCAGACUCUGACAAUAUUUGUGUUUCCUUGGAAGUUUGUUCUAAUGUUCAAAUGUUUUUCAUUCUUUGGGGCCUCCUGGCUCAUUGCUCGACGUUUUAAUUGUUACCUUGUCUCAACACAAUUCAUCCGUAUUUUUUAAAUAUUCACUUUGAAACAUCGUGUUUGGAAACAACUGUAUAAACACACAUGCAACAGUAAUACAUAAUAACAACAAUACAUUUAUUUCCGGUUCCGCUGGCCCCGCCCCCUCUUCCCAAACACGUGGAUCUCUUCCGGGUUCUUCAUCCUUUGUUCCCUGUUCGUCAGCAGCCCAGAAGCGGGAGUGUUGAUAAAGCUGUAAGAGAGCUGCAGCAGCAGCAGUUGAUGAACUCUGGAAAGAAGUCCAGCAGCUUGAGGAACAUCUGGUCAAAGAAACUGGAGGGAAGCAGGAGCUCAAACAGCGGCAGGACGCAGCAGAGGAAGAGACACCAGAUGAUGGAUGAUGUUUUCCAGCCCAGAUUAGAUUUUAAAGAAGAGGCUCCUGAAGAACAGAGUCCUGAUAUGGACCAGCAGGAGCUGGAGCUCCUCCACAUAAAGGAGGAAAGUGAAAGAAUCUGGGCCAGCCAGGAUGGAGAACAACUGAAUGUGAAGAAGGAGACUGAUGAUACCAUGUUUCCAUUAACUGUUGUUCAUAUGAAGAGUGAAGAGGAUGAAGAGAAACCUCUGUUCUCUCAGCUUCAUCAACACCAAACAGAAGACAGAGAUCUUCCAAGAAUCAUCUCAACUGACCAGAUAAAAGUAGAAAUUAAAGAAGAGGACUGUGGAACAUCAGAAUCCAGCAGGAACCCAGAUCUAAAUACUCAGGGAGGCUCUUCCAACUAUUCUGAAACUGAAGACAGUGAGGAUGAUGAAGAGGAUGAUGAUGUGAAGCAUCAUGAAUCUGAGCUUAAACGCUUAUCAGACUCUGAAACUGAAGACAGUGAGGAUGAUUGGAAGGAGAGCAGGACUCCAGGAUCUGGCAGAAACACUGUCAACAAAUCUUUGAGCUGCUCUGAGUGUGGGGGAAAAUUUGCUAAUAGACGCUCUCUUCAGAGUCACAUGACAUGUCGUCCAAGAUUAACGUCUUCAGAUUGUUCUGGUAGUGAGACAUGUUUCGGUGAGAAGAAAAUAAUGGAUUCACUGACAAACGUCCAGACGAGUAGUAAAAAUGUUAACUGCGACCUGCUUCUCCUUGCUACACGUGAAGAUGGCUGCCAGCAGAUGAAUCUCUGUUAUCAGACAGCAGGAGGAUGUGCAUGGACACUUGUGGGUCUUUGCAACCAACAUCAGAACAUCUGCUUCCGCUCCACUCGGUAUCGCUCUGCUCGGUACGAUAACUGUCGUUUCCAUGGAACCACUGAUGGUUGAAGCUCUGCCUCUAGGCAUCAGUGUACUACGCUGUGCUGCUAUUAACGUUACUGUGUGACAUUGUCACAUUAAAGUCAUCUGGUGAAAUGAUACAAAAUUAAAACAUAAACUCAA